CUCUCUCCCUCCCCUUCACCUCGCCGUCGUCUCGAUGCUCCCCUAUAGCCGGUUGAUUAUCUCAACCCGCAUUAAUUCUACACGCGUCGAAAGUGGCCACCGAAAGUAUACGUAACGAGUGAACGUAACCGCCCGCGACGAAACAUCCGAAUUACGAUCGUUCGGCGGCGUGCGCGACAUUCAGAAUGGGCAAUCUUCGAGGCCAUCUCUCUUGCCCCUAAAGACACAAAUUUGCAGUUGCCUCCUCUGUAAAAUUGACAAGUCCUUCGGCGAAGCGAGUUUCGUUUCGCGAGGCGACAGCCGAGAUGGAACUACUAACCACGCCGGAACCUCAUCUCAUCCCGGGGUACGCCGGUUAUUGCCCGCAAUAUCGAUUCAGAUGCGGCGAAACGUUCGCGAAGACUACGCACAAACUGCUGCUCGAUCCUGCAGUUAACCAUGCGGAUAUGCUCAUCCUGUCGAGCCGUGCGGUCGGCGAGGUGAUAAGACCACUACAACGUGAUAUACACGUGGUCAACGCACGUGCCAAGAAAAUUGUUUCUCUCUUUGUUCACCCAAUGUUACCAGGAUACGAGGGCUUCAUACCGAGAUUGGAUACCAGAUGCGGACAGAGAUUCGCGGUGCAUGCGACUGAGCAGGUCGCCGAGUUUGAACGACAACAGUCACGAUACAAGGAGACUCGGGAUCUGUUAAGAAGAAGGAUAGACGCACAACGAUGCGGACAAGGCAAGCAGCGGGAUUUAAAGGACCAUUUGGUUAGAGAGAAGAGAAGAGAUUAUCGGAAUCACACACAGGCGGUUCCGCUAUUAAUAUCAUUACUCUUAAUUAACGUCAUAGAUAGAGGAGAUUCACUGAUCUGUAUUAAUAUUUGCCUUUCCUUUUUAUCAGUUCUAUUUCUGCGAUUUCUAAGAAUACUAUUUUUGCGAGAUCGUCAGCAAUCGAAUGAAAUGCAACUUUCGAACGGGGAAAAUUACACGUGGCAGUCCUUCAUUCGCGAAAAUGCGAGAAGAUACGCGAAACACAUUUCUCAAGGUAACGCGCGUUUCGAUACGCCGCCAUUGGGUAGUGCACUACGCGAUUGCACGGCGAUUUAUCGAGAAGAAGUGACUAUCUCUGGUCCUGAUCCUCCGAUACUUGUCCAGCCCAGUGAGAUCUACCACAAACACGUGGGCCUGAUACCGAAUUAUCUAGGCCAUGUUCCUGGCGCGGCAUUCAGAUACGGCAAAACCUUCGAAGCUGACACAAGAGACGCCAAGAGAUGGCUCCGAAUACAAAACUCUGUCUAA